AUGCAACGAACUGGUGAUGGUGAAAGGCCACGGUUCUUCCAGCAGGAUUUAGAUGUAAUACCUGACGAUAAAGGUUCUGACCUAUUCAUACAAACAGCAGAAGGCCCGGAUGGCCAUGUGGAUGACGAAGUCAUCGAAGACAAAACACGUUUUAUAACAAACUUAAAGGAAGUCCUGGGAGCUCUACCCGAUGAUAUACUUGAAGGCUACUGGAACAGCUAUGGUGCUUCAAAGGAUGGUCUCAGCAAGGCUAUACAACAACACUUCGAGGGUAAAGAAACUAAAGGAUGCUCAGAUGCUCACGACGACUUAAAUACAGAAACGCAGAAUUCCCAAAAUACCAUAGUGAAUGGGCAUGUCUCGAAUCAAAUCAAACGUGCGAGCGAAGGGGGUCUCCCCAUUUUGAAACGGAAGAAGCAGCUUUGUUGUUGGCGGCGAUUCUUAGGAUCUACUCAAGUGAACGCUAUGGCCACGCGCCCUACUGCACAGCCUUUGAAAUAUGGCUCUGAGUUACUUAUCAGGCGCACCAGUGGUCAGCCGAAUAACAGUGGCCUCAGGAGCCGCAAGAAGCCCGGAUUCUCGCAGUAUGUAAGAUUCUGUGAUGCGACCUCCUCCCGUGAAUUGGGAAGGCUUCCGGAAGAUAUAUCUGAAAUACUGCAUACGCUGUUGCAAACCCCUGGAGUUGAAUUUAAGGCUACUAUGAUAUUUUGCAAUAGUAAGAGACUGAGUGUCGGUGAUUUAUUUGUGGUUCGUCUUGAUUGCUUUGUCACAUCAUUACUCUUUGAUCCAGCACUGCCCGGGAAAGCAGAAGAUGAGCAGUUUCAACAACGAAACCGAGCACUAAUGCUGCUUUUUAAGAAUUUGAAUAUGACGCCUUUAGCUGAAGGUGCUGAUUUGGUACCAGAAAAGCCCGAAUUUUACGAUCUUGAAGAGGAUGAAUCAAUCACAGAUGCUACUGUAAAUAGUCCCACAGCAUCUGAUGAUUAUAUGGAUUUGAACCAACUGCGUAACUUCUAUCGAAGCACUCAAGAAUCUGCAUCAAUCUUUAAGCUGCGGGAAACAACACCUCCUGUUGACAAAUUUCAAUUGGAACUACGUCGCUACCAAAAGCAAGGUCUUACCUGGAUGCUUCUUCGAGAACGUGAGCAUGCAAUAUUAGAACCAGGGUCUCAAGAUGCCUUGGCUGAUGGACCAAUGGAUCCCAUGUGGAGAAUGUUUAAAUGGCCUCGUGACACAUCUUGGGAUGUGUCACGAGGAACUACAUAUGUCUCCCUCGAAGCUGAUAUUCCAGAUAAAUUUUAUGCCAACCUGCAUACAGGUGAGUUUUCCCUCGUGAAGCCAAUCUCUAAAUCAAUAUUGAAGGGCGGUAUAUUAGCAGAUGAGAUGGGACUUGGUAAAACUAUUUCUAUUCUAGCUCUUAUUACCAUGGUACCUUCUGAUACUAAACAUUUAUUAACAACAGCUCAGGAGAAACCGCCUGUUGGGCACCUAAGUUUGGAAUUAGGCAUCAGCACCGUAAAGCCAUAUACAGCUAGCACUACCCUGAUAGUUGUGCCUAUGUCUCUUCUUCCUCAAUGGCGUAAUGAAUUUGUGAGAGUAAACGAUGGGAAUGGUUUAUAUUGUGAGGUAUAUUACGCAGGCAAUGUUAGUAACUUGAGGACCUUGCUAGUAAAGCAAAAAUCACCCCCUUCUGUGGUUCUCACAACAUAUGGUGUGGUACAGACUGAAUGGUCUAAGCUACAACAAUUUGAUUAUGAGGCAUCGAACGAAGGUCUAUUUUCUGUUGAAUUUUUCCGUAUUAUACUUGAUGAAGGUCAUAAUAUAAGGAAUAGGACGACAAAAACUUCAAAAGCGGUUAUGGCGCUAACUUCCAGGCGUAAAUGGGUCUUAACUGGAACACCGAUAAUGAAUAGGCUAGAUGACCUUUUCAGCCUUAUCAAGUUCAUGAAUUUUGAACCAUGGUGCAAAAUUGAUUAUUGGAGACAGUUUGUCUCCGACCCUUUCGAAAAGAAAGAUUACAGCUCUGCGCUUGAGGUUAUUCAAGCAGUAAUGGGCCCAAUUUUGUUAAGACGGACAAAGAAUAUGAAAGACGAAGAUGGAAACCCUCUUGUUCAGCUUCCACCGAAAGAAGUCGUUAUAGAGAUGAUUCGAUUCAGUGACACAGAAGCUGGAUUAUACAAAUACUUUCUGUCCAAAGCCGAGCAUUCCGUCAAGGAAAGUCUGGCUCGCGGCGAUUUACUUAAGAAAUACUCCACUAUUUUGCUCCAUAUCUUGAGACUACGCCAGGUGUGCUGUCAUUUCAAACUUCUGGGCAGUCAGGAUGAAAAUGAUGAGGACUUGAAGAACAUGAAAUUAAUUAAUGAUAUACCAGAUAUAUCUACAUUAUUGGGUGAGGAUUCACAGUCUCCAGGCAGUUCCAGUGAAGGUAUGCCCGAUUUCAUUGAAGAUUUUAAGACCAAAUAUCCAAAUAGCGAUGCCCUCAAAGAUUUGGAAUGUUCCAUUUGCACCUGUGAAGCCAUUUCUCCAUUAACUUCGGUGGUAUUUACACGCUGUGGUCAUCCAUUCUGUGAGUCAUGUUUAUUGGAAUACAUUCAAUUCCAGAAUAAGAAAGGUAGUGAGACCAUCUGUCCCAAUUGUAGGGCGGCAGUGGAAAGCAGGUAUUUAUUGAAGCUAGAAGACAUCAAUGGCAAAUUGGAGCCCGUGCCGUAUAGUAAUACCAAGAAAUCAUCCAAGAUUGUAGCACUAAUCAGGCAUUUGAAGCAUCUACAAGAUACGUCUGCGAACGAACAGGUCGUUGUGUUUUCCCAAUUUUCAUCGUAUCUGGACAUACUAGAGAAUGAGCUAAGACAAUCAUUUGCGUCCGAUAUAUGUGAAAUCUACAAAUUUGAUGGUCGUCUGGAUUUGAAAGAAAGAUCUAAUGUUUUGGCCAAAUUCACGGAAAAGAGUUUGGUAAAGAUGAAAGUUCUUCUCUUAUCCUUAAAAGCCGGCGGAGUUGGUUUAAACCUCACUUGCGCCUCGCAUGCAUUUAUCAUGGAUCCGUGGUGGUCUCCAGGUAUGGAAGAUCAGGCUAUGGAUAGAAUUCAUAGGAUAGGUCAGUCCAACACUGUCAAAAUAUACCGUUUUAUUGUCGAAAAUAGUAUAGAGGAAAAGAUGCUGCGUAUUCAGGAGAAGAAGAGAUCACUUGGUGAAUUUGUUGAUGCAGAUGAAGAGGAAAGAAGACGUAGCAGGAUUGAAGAAAUCAAAAUGUUGUUUGCAUGA